CACACACACACGCACGCACGCACGCACGCACAGGCACGCACUCACUCACACACACACAUGCGCACAUGAAAAAGCGACAGCGGAUUACAACCUCCAGCGCCCGCGCGCACACACAUCUGCCGGGAUGUUUAUGUAAUAUAUGGUCUUUCUUCCAGCUACACUCCGGGUCAAUGAUACGAUUUCCGUUUUUAUGCGCACAACAUCUGUUAUUUUGUAACGUUGCUUUAAAGUCGCCGUGCGUAAAUACGCGGAAGGUUCGCGGGCUGUCCAUUUAACCCGAAAACGCCUGUACUCUGUCACCCCGCUUCGUCACAUUAGUACAAAAUAACCCCGUUUUUUGUCGUGGACGCCGCCGGUCACUUCACCGGUCAUGCGACGCGUCUAGCGCGUCUCUGCGCACUCGACCUUUAACGAUGAACGGCGGGACGCGCUGGCGUUUACGGCGCCGUUGCGGUCGCCUGGCCCAAUGAAGAUACGCUGGAUGUAGAAGUAUAGACAUGACUGCAUGUGUGAGAGAGGGUGUGUGAAUGAACAGGAUGGGGAAAGAACAGGAACUCUUACAGGCGGUGAAGACGGAAGACCUGGUUACCGUCCAGCGCCUCCUGCAGAGACCCAAACAGGGCAAAGCGAAGCUCCUGGGAGCUGCUAAGAAGGUGAAUGUGAACUUCCAGGAUACAGACGGGUUAUCUGCCCUGCAUCAUGCUGCUCUUAACGGUAACGUGGAGGUGAUCGCACUGCUGCUGGAGUCCCAGUCCAUCGUUGACAUCAAAGACCAGAAAGGGAUGCGGCCGCUGCACUACGCUGCUUGGCAGGGCAAGUGUGAUCCAAUGAAAAUGCUGCUCAAGGCGGGGUCAUCCGUGAACAGCCAAUCAGAUGAGGGACAGAUCCCUUUACACCUCUCAUCACAACAUGGCCAUUAUGAAGGAAGUGAGAUGCUGCUUCAACAUCAGUCAAACCCGUGCCUCAGAGACCACGCAGGGAAAACCCCUCUUGACUUGGCCUGCGAAUUCGGAAGAGUCACGGUGGUCCAGUUGCUUUUGAGCAGUAACAUGUGUGCUGCUAUGUUAGAACCCAAACCCUCUGAUCCCAAUGGCAUCAGUCCACUCCACCUGGCGGCUAAGAACGGGCAUAUCGAGAUCAUCAAGUUACUAAUCCAGGCUGGUAUAGAUAUAAACAGGCAGACUAAAUCAGGCACGGCGCUGCAUGAAGCCGCUCUCUGCGGGAAAACCGAGACAGUCCGGCUGCUGUUGGAUAGCGGCAUCAGUGCAGGUGUGAGGAACACGUUCUGUCAAACGGCGCUGGACAUUGUAAACCAGUUCACCACAACCCAAGCCAGCAAAGAAAUCAAACAGAUGCUAAGAGACGCAUCAGCUGCCAUGCAAGUGAGAGCGCUGAAGGAUUACUGCAACAAUUAUGACCUUACAAGCCUCAACAUUAAAACAGGCGACAUCAUCACGGUCUUGGAGCAGCAUUCUGAUGGACUAUGGAAGGGCUGUAUCCACGACAACCGUACAGGAAAUGACCGCGUGGGCUACUUUCCAUCCAACAUGGUUGAAGUUAUCAAGAGGGCAGGUCCCUCAACCCAACAGUAUCUUAAGAUACAGAUCCGUCCGCCGGCAAUUGGUUCAGUUGUCAUGGUGAACGGUGACUCCUCCCACAUUUUUUCUCUACCCCUCAUCCCUCCUCCCCCUCCCACCCUGCCCUUUUCCCAUCAGCCCCUGUUCACCUCAUUUGGCUAUAAUAUGGCCACCUGCAGCACAUUUGGGUAUGAACCGGCCUCCUCCCGCUCUGAGGAGCCACAAAAAGAGACAGGUUCAAGAGGAUCUGUGUCCAGUCCUCAUGGUUCUCCGACCCUCAGCGGCCAGCAGAGCAGCGCUAAUGAAGAGAUUUGGGUGUUGAGAAAACCUUUAGCAGCAGGGGGCAGUGUUGGAAGUAUGGGCAGCACAGGCAGCCUAACCAGUGGUCGUUCAUCUACAAGCGUGCAAAGCAGUAAUGCCAACGCUCACCUCACCAACUCGCCCGUCCCCGUGCCAACCACGCCAACACACUCACCUGGAAUUAACGCGCACGGCCUCAACGUCCCGGGACUGCACGCCCAAUCCGAGGGUGUGAAGCUGUUGGCCACGGUGCUGUCCCAGUCAGCCAAAGCAAAAGAGCAUCUAAUGGACCAAUCACAAUCUUUGGAUCCUAAUUCAGCCUCUUCUCAGCGCACUCAGAGUACAUCUGGUCUCCCGCGGCAACCGAGAAAGAAACCCUUUGUGGAUCCGUUGCUACAGAGAAAAGAUGAAGCCUCUGCUGAAAGCAAGAGCUCAGAGGCGGUUGUUGAAUGGCUCACUAGUGCUCAACUUCAGUUCUACACGACCAACUUUCUUACUGCUGGUUAUGACUUGCAAACCAUCAGCAGGAUGACACCAGAGGACCUCACUGCAAUAGGAGUGACAAAACCAGGACACAGGAAGAAGAUGCUGUCAGAGAUCAGCAAGAUGAACAUCCCGGACUGGAUACCUCAAGAGAAACCCUCCAGUCUGGCUGAGUGGCUCACUGCGAUAGGUCUGAAUCAGCAUUACCAGACUCUGGUUCUGAACGGUUAUGACAAUAUGGACUUCAUUAGUGAUAUUACCCUGGAGGACCUGAAGGAGAUUGGCAUCACUAAACUAGGACACCAGAAAAAGUUGAUGUUAGCUGUCAAACGGCUAAACGAACCGCCAUCAGAAGCAGAACCUCCCACGGAGAGCCAAUCAGAAGGCAGCUCGGACUCGAAACAAAGUUCGGAAACCAGCGCGAGCAGCACGGAACCGGAUGUGAACUCCGCCCCCGCUGUUCGAGUGCGCAGGAGAUCGGAAGGGCGUGGCUCUCCCCGACACAGUGCUCAAGGGCGUGGCAUACAACGAGCAAAUGCCCCGCCCCCUCUGAGGAGGCCUGGCUCGGUCGAAAGCCCCUCCCCAACACCCCCACACACACCCACUAAGGGUAAAACCACUUCUGCUUCGAAGUCUCCCUCGCCGUCCUCUCCACUGAAAACGCAAGCCAGGACCAGAGGACCCUGCGACUCGCUGCGUUCUCACGCCCGUGCCGUUCCGUUACUUUUCCUACCACCUGAAGGAGAAAGCGAAGGCGGUAACGGUCAAGCUCCGCCCCAGCCGAGACGCGGACAGCUCUCGAGUACCGACGACCUGCCCUUGCCAGAUUCUUCCGUAAAAUACGCCACGUUAGGAGGACACAGAGCCACUCCCAGCGACUCUCAGAGAUCCUCCUGUGAGACCCUCGACAUCAACAGCGUCAAUCGCAGUCAGUCGUUCGCUACGGCCACCAGGCCUCGCAGAAGGACUCGACCCCCGACUCCGCCUAAACGCUCCUGCUCUUCCAUCUCGACCGGUAACCUGGCCGACGAGGCAGCGGCGGAUGACGGGUCUGGCGAAAACAGGGCUAACAAUCUGCUACUCAACGUGACGUACAGGGAGCGACGGCGCAGCGACUGCGGCAUCGCCUCUGAGAAAAGCUCAUCUGGAGGCAGCGUCAGGGAUAUCGCUGCCAUGCUUGAGAUGUCGAAUCUUGGCGGCAGUGGAAAAGGAAGUGCCAGUAGUUAUUUACAGGCGAGCCCUAACCUUUUGCGGCAGAACCGCGAUGUUCUCAAUUCCGACCCUGACAGUCGACGGCGCACAAUCAGCGGAUUGGCAGAUCUAGCCGACUCUCAAAUGCAUCCCGACGAUGUCCCAACACAGAUGAACCGAGCCACACAAGACCCCGCACAUCACAGAUCAGCCCCUCGCAAAACACCUGCAACGGAACAGGCCCCCGAGCCACGCCCACGUUCCAUGAUUCAUCUGGAAGGGGGCGUGGCCUCUCUGCCCCAAGAGGAGUGGUCACGGAUGGAUGCCACGGCAACCUUGAGAAGACCACGCCCACCACGUCCCUCACACGACGAAAGUUUUAACUUUACGGAAAGCAGUACAAUAAAAAGACGUCCCAAAGCAUUAGCUCCACCACAGAGUAACGGAACGGACGGAGGUGGGCUGGAGGAUGCUAGAAGAAGACCUGCUUCAGAAGCUUGUGCUGGUGAUAGAGAAGAAGAGCUGUAUGCUGAUGGUUUUGGAUCUCUUCCGAGACAAAUACAGAGACCGCCAGUUUCACCCAAACCAGCGAUGGCCCUUCGAAAAAUAGAUCCCCCAACCCCGACGAGAAGAGUUCCUUUACCUGGACCAGAAGGUCAACACAGCCCAGUGGAGGGGAGGAAAAUCCCUCCUCCCGUAUCUCCCAAGCCAAGCCCACCUCCCACACUACCCAAACCAGUAAAAAUCAAACCAGUCCAUGUCAUCGGAUCCUCCAGCUCCCCUCAAGCCGAUGUUCUCAGCCCAUCCAGUGCCUCCUUGAGUCCUACUCCAGCCGAACAAGCCGAAUAUCUAUUACAGACUUUGAGUCCCACCACCCCAAAACCAAUAGAUGGAAACACGCUUUUCCCACGAGCGAUGUCUUCUCCAGCUCAAAGCCCACAGACGCCCCAGACCCCUCAAACCCCACAAACACCCUCCACACCUGGGUCAGGCUCAGCUCCUGUGAAACCCCCACGAUCCUCUAUGGCAGGUCUGUCAGUGGACAUCCCAGGACCUCUGGAGGCGGAGCUUCCUGGGGCAGAGGGUGUGCAGAAACGAUUAAGAGAAGUAGAAAAACAUGGAGAUGAUGUGGGGAAGAUCCAGAUGGAUCAAAUGUUUGACCAAGCUGUGAAUUUAGGGUCUUCAGGAGAAAGGCACUUCACAGAAAUGGGAGAGUGGGCGGGGCCGGUGGUUAUGAGGCGGCGGAAGGUGGGCGUGGCCAGGCAGACACCGGUGGAGAGCGAACCACAGGAUGGAGAUGCUAUGGAAAGCCAAGGGUUAUUGAAGAUUGCUGAACUGGGGAGCUGUGCUUCAGGGGACAGAGCGCAUCUUAGACUGGAGGAGACCAGUGCUUCUCUGGCUGCUGCUCUGGAAGUGGUGGAGGAGAAGAUUAAAAAGGAUGACAGCUCUGUUGUGGACAACAAAAGCACAGUGAAUAUCCUGGACGACAUCGGCAGCAUGUUCGACGACCUGGCUGACCAGUUGGAGGCCAUGCUAGAUUAAAAAUCACAAGCAAAUCUGUGGGAUUGCGAAGCGUUUUGUGUUGAGAACCAGCACUUAUUGUUGACUGGAAGAUCACGGCACCCCAGCAAGAACCAGUAGGAAGUGAGGUCAGAAUAUUGCCAUGGAAUCGACAGAUAAGGAUAUCGAGAUGCUGAGGUUCAGAGAUUAAAAUGUUGGCAAGUCAGUAGCCCUUUUCAUCUUCAUCACCAGCCUUUCGUCCUACCUUCGGUCCGAAUAGAUUCUGCUGGUGUAGAUUCCGACCCGCUGUUAUGCUGCUCCCUGAGAUAAGCACAAUUUUAAGAGUCUCUACGACGAGCUUUCUAAAUGUCAUUUAAGCGAAACACUAGUAUGUGUGAAUGUGCGUACGUGGGGUAAAAGAGCGAUUGAAGUUAUUUGAUUGGAUGGUAAAGAAAAAAGCAUCAUGCCAUGUUAUGAUGUUGGAAAGCUCACGUUUAUCUCCGCUCGGCCAAAUGUAAAGGGGAACUUUGAAUUUCACCUUACGGUUUUCAGCCAAGGCCAAGCUUCUGAUACAAACUUGAUACGGACUGAAUAAAUACGAAAAGCACAGCCCCAUUUAUGACCCUGAUCGGACCUUUUCGUCCACUGUCAAGUUUCCUAGUUCCCUUCCGAGUAUAUAAUGAAGAAAUGCGUUGGACUUUUAAAAGGUAUAUUGUAAUCUAUAUGUAUGUUAUUGUUGUACUUGUUGUUGUCAGUUUGUGUGAAUGUUUGACUGUGUAGUGUUGUUCUUGCAUCGACAAAUCCCGCCCUGCUAAAGGUGUAGUAAAUAGAUAUAGACAGAAUAUACAGAAUAAGAUGCUGGAGCGAGUAGUGUACAGUAUACAUAUAAGUUAUAGUUAUCAUUGAUAGAGUAGUCAAGUAUGGAAUGCUACACGCACACCUCAUUCCCAAACAAUGUGUUUUAAUGUGUUUGUGUGCGUGUGCGCUGGAUGUUGUGCAUUUGAAAGGAAGAGUGUGUGCUUUUUGAUCAUUACCAUGGUAAAACCACAAUUUUGGGGCUGGCUUGGUAAUACCGUGGUAUUCUUUAAGGUACCCCGCGGUAUUCGUACACCCUUAUGCUACAUAUAUCAAAAUACCACAGUAUUAGCAUCUGAUAUUAUGCGUGUUUUGUAUGAGGCUGAAUGUGUGGGACAGCACAGUUAUUCCUGUCAUUGCAGAGUAAAAGAAGAAAACUUACUGACAGAAUAAUUCUAUCAUUUAAGAUUGUGUCAUUGCAAAAUGUAUAAGACCACAGAGCAAUAUUUUUUAUUCAUGCACCGUGUUGUUCAUUUAGCUUUAUAAGCGAUACUUCAAAACCAGCCAUCUGGGAUACAGCAGAUCUGAACAUUUCCGACAAUCAUGACGAUGUUGUCCUUGAUUUAUGACCCUGCACAGUUCAUGGUGUAGAUGUUGGAUUAUAAACUCCUUUACAGUAUAAAAACUGCGUGAUGAUCCAGUUGUUAUUUUGUGUAAACCUUCAGCUGGCUAACGUGUUCGUCUGACCCUGGUGAAAAACUCAUCAAAGACCUCUUCCAUGUAAAGAGCAUUGAGAAUAUGUGGAAUUAAUAUAAAUAAAUUGUUAUGAAUAC